AUGGAAGAAUCAAAAUCAUCGCCAUCGUCAUCACCGUCGUCAUCCAAAACAAAGCGCAACAUUAAUUCCUAUUAUGGUCACAAGGUUGGAUUCUGGCAAUCUCUAUCACUAAUAUUGAAUGCCGGUCUCAUGGUAUAUGCCCACAUUGGCUUGUCGGGUGUCAUUUUUACCAAUCAAGAUCCUUCUGCGGCUAGCGGUGGCUCGAGUGACACACCAGUCAUCAUCAAUGGCACGGGAGUUUGUACGGCCAACGACAUUUCCAUUUGGAACGAACUGGGAGGAGAAGCCAUGCGUCCCAUUCAUAGCACCUUUUGCUCGAGAGAAUUUACCCAAGAAGACACUGGUGGUGCCCUUUGCUUGUCCAAUCCAGCCUGCAUUGCCACCUGCUUUCAGGCUCAAUACAAUUACUCGGAAGAUUGCUCCAAGUGUUUGGGAUCCAUUCCUCAAUGUGCGGUAGGAGAUGGUUGUCUUUUGGUGUGUGCGGGAGAUAGUUUGGGACAAGAAUGUCAAGAUUGCAAUGCCGAUUGCAUUGCUCAAAUGUUUGUUUGUUCGGGGCUUCCACAAGAAACAAAUGGAACUACUACUACUGCGGAUGCUACUGCUACUGCUACUGCUAAUACGUUGGGGGUUCGCCGAUUCUUGAAUGAUAAUACUACAACAACGAAUGAUGAUGAUGACGUUUGCAAUGAUUGGGAUUUAAAUAAUGUUCCCAUUUGGUACCGAGUCUACGAUCUUACCUUUGUGGGCAGUGUCAAUGAUGCUUGGAAUGGGGAUGCUCAGUUGCUGGCGGUCAUUGUGGUUUUCUUUUCGGGAUUUUGGCCCUACGCCAAAAAUGUCAUUUUGCUGAUUGUUUGGUACCUUCCCAUGACCAUUGAGUGGCAAACCUGGUCCAUUCUAUGGCUUUCGCGGCUUUCCAAAUAUACCUUGGUGGACGUUUUUGCCGUGGUUGUCGUCCUGGUGGGAGUUCAACUGCAACUCAAUGUAGGAGGAACCGAAGCUAUUAUACGAGCGGAACCAAGGUUUGGAAUAUUGGCCUUUUUUGUGGCCACCUUGUGGGAAUUCAUACAGAUUGAAGUCAUCAAGGCCAUGCACGAAGACAAGGUAUUGAAUCUUCAUAAACAUGCAAAUGAUGGAAAUGAUGCCACCAACAAGGAGAAUACCAAAGAGACGGCCAAUCCAGAGACUACCGCUUCUACUACUGCUACAACUACAGAUGCACCAGCAAUACCAGCACCAACACCAACAUCUCCAACAACAGUAAGAUUGUACUUUGAUGAUCGACUGGAAAUUUGCGCAGUCUUGUGGGGUUUGUCGGUUGGUCUUUUUGCAGCCGGUGCCGUAACGGAAAUUGUCCAAUUCACCUCCAAGGAUCUAACGGCCACGGAAGGAUGUACGACGUCAUACAAUUUGGUAACCUUGGCCAAUGCCAUGGUCAAUGAAUUGGGAUUGCUUGACAAUUCGGUGGCAUGGCAAACAUGGGUUUUGUACAUUGUGUAUUUGUUGCUGAAUCUGGCCUUUCCCAUCCUUGUACAUUUGAUGCAACUGUGGUCGAUGGUAAAUUGGAAGAAAUGGUAUCAACAAAAAGGACAAGAACAACAGCAACAAGACAAACAACUCCUUGGUAACCUUCAAAAGGUUUCGUUAUGGACAUCUGCCAUUUGGUGCUUUGCUUGCAUUGAAAUUCUGUUGAUUGGAAUCUUUGCCGUGGAAUUCAAGUUUUCGGAUCUGGUGGCCCGACUGGCGGGAGAUUCCAAUGCCGUCUUUUUGGACAUUACCAGUGGAUUGGGAGCUGGGUUUUAUAUCCUCCUUGCGUACAGUUUCAUUGCCGGAUUCUUACAGUUCACCUUGCGAGUGAUACAUGAUGAUCCAAUCAUGCCUUCUUCUUGUAAUGAUGCUGAUGAUGAUGCUGACGCCGAGGAGGGUGCAGUGUCGUCUAUUCAGGAGAAAGACACGAGCGAUGAUGUCUAA